CGCUGACUAAGCAUAUAAUCUACCUUGCCUCUACCCCACCAUAAUGUCACUGCAGGAGGCCUCAGAUGCUCGAAAAGCGCGUUUGAUCGCCCUAAGAAACCGCAAGGAGGGAAUAUCAACUGUAUCAAAUGGAGAUUCUGUGCUUCUCAGCAGGAACUAUGACCCUGAGACAAGGACAUUGAAGAAACACUCAAAAAAUGACGUUCUGACCACAGAUACCGUCGAGAAGGCUAUUGAAGGAGUAGCUGAAAUGAUCAUUGCCGAGGAUGAACGACAGCGUGCCCAAGAACUUGACGUAUUCAACAUCGCCCCGAAACGGCCAAACUGGGACUUGAAGCGCGAAAUGGAAAAGAAACUUGCGAAACUAGAGCGAAAGACUCAAGAAGCUGUCCAUACUCUCAUCCGGCAGAGACUUGCUUCUCAAAAAGGGCAGUCGGACGACAUUCUAGGGGCAAUGAAUGCGCAAGAGAAAGCAUUGGAUGUCGAAGACCAGCCGUCAGACGAGGACGAAUGAAACAGGUUCUUUCUCUAUCCCGUCCGUCGUACCACCUCAUGGUCAUGGAUCUCAGUUCUUCCUCUGUACAGUGAGCUGAAUAUUACCCUAGUACUGCGGCCUCCAUGUGCUCGCAGUUUCGUGCCACAAUUGACACGAACACGUCCAGGCGUGGCUACGUUGCUUUUGUUUGAUCAUACCCCCUUGAUAACAGAGUUCAUUGAAGCACUCAAAAUGGCGGGUAUAUUCCUCGUACCAUGUACAUUACGUUUUCGAAUCGAAGGAGGGCGGCUACCCAAAAUCAGUGUCCUCACCAAACAUGUGAGGCCCCAGAGCGGUUUGCACUUAGGACAAGAAGAUAUACUGUGAACUUGAUGCAAACCCUUGAU